GGUACCACGGCCCGCUAGUAGCUCCCUGGCGUUACUGAGUGUCGCGUACAUCAGCCUGCAGCCGCGUGUCCCUUGUGCGUCUCUUGAUAAGUGGUUUGCAUCGUGGCCAGGCAGUCUGCAGCGCAAAGGAGUGGCCCUGCGGUGGUCGGUGGGCCAUCAUGAGGCUGCUGGUGACCAUCGCUGUGCUGGCAACCCUGGCCGGAGCAGAUGAUCCAGUGGGUGUGUGUGCCCCAAGCUGUGUGCUGGGAGGGUCUGCAUCCACGUAUGAGGCGGGGAUGCAGUACCAGUACCAGUACCAGGGGGAGGCCACGACAAGUGCGACGGCAGGGCAGGAGGAGUCGCGUCUGGCCCUCACGGCGGAGGUUGUCAUCGCUGCCAAUACCCCGUGUGACCUCAAGCUGCAGGUCAUGAAUUUAGUUGUGGAAGAUGUCAGCGAGGAUGAUGCCAAAUGGUUUUCCGAGGCCGUGCAGGAGCAUGAUUUGCAUUUCAGCUACCAGCACGGCACCAUCACCCACCUGUGUCCGCAUGACGAUGAGGAGGCCGUGGCCACCAACUUCAAGCGGGGGAUCCUGUCGGCCCUCCAGAUGACCGUCAGUCCGAGGGGGAACCAGAGUGAUGUGGUGGUCAGCGAGGUGGACGUGACAGGCCAGUGCGACACCAAGUACAGCCUGGUGUUGGAGCCGACCCUGGAGGUGACGAAGACGAAGACCGGCUGCCACUCCAGUAGCUACAUCCCUCACCUCCCACACUCCCACUACACCAGCACCAAGGCCAACACACUGCUCCCUUUCACCAAGAGCAACCAGACAUGCCACAUGGAGGGUGGUGGGGGCGGGGCCUGGCAGAAGGUGGAGUGCACAGAGGUGGUGGAGGUGCAGCGCCCUCUAGCACCAGGCAGCGACACACUUGCCUCCGUCGUGCUCUUGUCAACGCUCUCUCUAAUGGAAGGACCGACCCCAACCAAUGGCAACUUCUCUAAGGGUGAUGAAAUGAAGAGAAAAGUGUCCCUCGUAGCUGAUCUCAAGGCUGCUGUGGAGUUUGCUGAGAUGAAGAAGCUGCAGGCCAGUGGUAUGAAGGAGCAGGUUGAGUCAGUCCUGGAGAGUCUGUCGGCAUCUGAGAGUCCUGAGGGGGAUGAGCUUAAGCCUCGACUCUUCUCCAAUUUCAUCUAUUUGCUGGCCCACCUGGAGGAGGAGGAGCUGGAGGCUGUGUGGGAUGACACCAGCUCAGAGAAAGACAAAAGAAAGGUGCUGCUGGACGGGCUGCUGGUGUGUGACGCUAUGCCUUGCCAUGGCAUGGUGGCUCGCUUGGCUGCUGAACAGAGGCAGCUCACGCCAGGACAGGUCAACAUGUGGCUGGCUGGGCUGCACCUCCACAUGGCUGCACACUCAUCCCUGGUCACUCAGCUGCUGGAUUUGGCCAAGUCCAAGAAGGCGUCCUCCUCAGCCCUGAUGGCAGCCUCCAGCGUGGUGCACCGCCUGUGUCAGCAGCCAGAGGAGGAGUGUGCAGCAGUGGCCCAGCCAUUUCUUGAUUUCGUGGAUGAAGAGGUCGGAGAAUCGUGCGGCUUCGGCAAGACCAAGCAGCAACAGGAGCAAAUCAAGUUGACCCUGAGGGCCUUAGGCAACGCUGGUGUGAUGCCCUCCAAAGACUUCCCCGAGAGGUGCUACAUGAACAGAGCACUGCCACCAGAGCUGCGCACCACGGCACUACAGAGUUACCGACGCACCGGCUGUGGCACCGGCACCACAGAAACGCCCUGGAAGCUCCUGGAGGACAGCAGUGAGAGGAGUGAGGUGCGGAUAGCUGCCUACCUCGCCCUGGUGCCCUGCGCUGCCCACUCCCCGGGCUUCUUCACACGUGUCCACAAACUCCUGGAGCAAGAGGAUGUCCAGCAAGUCUAUUCCUUCAUCUGGACCCACAUGAAGAACCUGGCAGAGCAGCCCGGGCCCAGCCAGCACGACCAGACGCUCUCCAAGCUGGCCAGACAACACUCACUGCCUCACAAGUUCAACAAUGAUGCUUUCCACUCCUCGGGGCACCACCGCUACGCUGCCUUCAGUGAGCUGCUGAACCUGGGCAGCAGCUUGGACGCCAGCGUCGUGUACUCCCAGGACUCCUACCUGCCUCAGCAGGUCUCGGCAAACCUCACGCUGGACCUCCUGGAGAACUCAUUCAAUUUCCUUGACUUUGGCGGAGAGUUCAGCGGCCUAGAAAACAUCAUUGAGGGCUACUUUGGCAAGGAAGGAUACUUCAGCAAUGAGGACAUCCUGAAGGUGCUCCAGAGCCUGAGGCCAAAGAGAAACAUAAUUCACGAUGACAAAAUCCAGGAGUUCCAGAAGAUGUACGAUGAAGAGAAGGGCAGGAGGAAGCUUGGGGCUGAGGAGGACGAGAUGGAGGAGGAAAAGCCCAAGAUGUCUUUCUAUGUGAGAAUGUUUGGCAAUGAAGUCUUUUACGUGGAGAAUGUUUUGCAGUAUUCGCCAGCACAGCUUCUCUACCACCUCAUACAGGAGAUAUCGACCCCCAAAAUAUUCAAGAUUAUUGACCAGGAGUACAUGGCACCGACCUUCCUUGGGUUUCCGCUGCGGCUGAAGCUCAACGCCACAGCCUCCGUCACCAUCCAGCACGAACACACCUUUGGCAAUGGCCGCCAAUCUGGCCUGCAUCUGAAGGGCAGCCUCACCCCCACCGUGGUGGCAGCGAUGGACGAGACACUGCUGGUGGACGCCUUCGUGUCCUCCAGUGGUCUCCGAAGGUCCUCCACACAGCUGGCCAAAGUCAACUUUGGCGGAGAGCUCUCGUUUGACGAAGGGGAGGUCGCCGAGUUGCAGGUCAGCGUGCCUGAGGAGGAGGUGGUCAAGGUGAGCUCGUCUGUCACUCUGGCCCUUCUUCAGGGUGAUGGGCGGUGGGAGGAGCUUGAGGGGGCGUCCCCUAUGAAGGAGGAUCACUGUACUGGCACCCUUGAGGAUGUGGUGGGCCUCAAGACGUGCACCAGCCUCAGCCGCAACACUCACGAGGUGGAUGGCCAGCAGGUGACCCUGGAGCCAUACAAGAGUGAAUUUAAAAUGACCAGAACAGACACCUUCAAGUACUACAAGCUUUACAUCAAGCGGCAGGACAGUAUUGUUGAGGCGCUCUUUGACACCCCAGGCUCCUCAGUUGAUCGCAAGCUUCACUUCCUCUUCAACAUUAACCCCAACCGUGAGGGGGGUGACAUCAUCGUCAGGGGAGUCGGCUAUGUCAUGACAGGGAAGUACAGGAACACCCAGGCAGAGAAGAUGCUGCAGCUUCAGACCCGGAAAGACUCGGAGGUCCUCGGGGGGCUGGAAGUGUCUCUGAAGAAGCAACAGGAAGGCUCGAGUGUGAAGCACAUGCCAACCUUGGAGCUGGUUGUGGGCCCGGACAAGUACACACUUGGAGGGAACCUUACGCAUGGCACAGAUAAAGAGACAAAGGAAACUAAAGUGUCCUGGGAGGUGGAAGGAGCCUGGCGCAAGAGGGAGUCUGCCGAGGUGACUCAGGCCUUCGCCUCAGCCUCAGGGAACUUCUCCACUGGCCCAGAGGAGACAAGCUUCAUCCUGGACACCCAGUACGGCAGUGACCCCUCUCAGCCUCACAAUGUCACUCUCACCUUGGGCAGCGCACACACACUACAGAGGAACAUGAAGACCUCCUCAGGGCAUGCUGGAAUACAGAUCAGUCAGCUGUCCAGUGGCCUGAUGCUGCAUUAUGAAGUGCGGCCAAAUCUUUUUGACCUGAGUGUCAAUGCUUCCCUCCACGGCACAGAGGUGACGUCUGAGGUGGUGCUGAAGGAUGUGACAGAGGGGGGCGGCCAGGACUCGCAGCUCACCCUCAGUCUGGCCAGUCCGCAGCUCGAUCUGGACUACAAAGCUUCAGGGAUCUACAAAGUCUCGGAGAGUGGGGUCCAUGCAGAGGCAGAGCUUAACCUCGGCUCUUCUCUCAAGUCAAAAAUCUUGCUCACCUAUUUGAGUGAGGAUGACCCCUUGCACAUCCUCACCGGCCUUCACCUUUCCCUUGAUGACUUUGUGUUCCAAGUCGGCUACAGCGUUGACAUGUCCCAACCGGAUCACUUCCUCAUCUCGGCAAGUGGCACUGUGGGGGAGGGAACGGCAGGACUCAGUCUCCAGGCUGACUAUGGGCGUGACCGCCCCUUCAACGCCUCCCUGGAAGUGUCUGCCGGCCUGGGAACAGAAAGCGUUGGCCUGGCGUCCCACACCGCCUCAGACGCUCACUGGCAUAACUUCACGGGCAGAAGCACUGUCAAAUGGUUGGAGUGGUCCGGCAGCCUGGGCCAUGAGGUGCUGUUCAGCGAGACCACCAAGGCCAUCAAGCUGUCCCUGGAGGAAGCCGGGAGUGUGGAGCUGUUUUCCAAGACUUGGCCGGACCAGGCAGUGAAGGUGGUGGUGAGGGACGCCCCUGGAGACAGCAACCCCAUCUUUAUGCUUGGAGCCAAGAGACAUGCCAGCAGUGAGGAGUGUGUGGUGCAGGUGAACCUAACGAGCGGUGACAGCCAGCUGAUGCACCUUGCCUGGAACAUGGACAGUAAGAAUGAAUUUACCUUUGGUCUGCAACUCCUUGAGAGCCAGCUGGAUGUGGAGGGCCAGUACAGUGUGAUGGAGAAUGGCACCAUUUCCGGAGCCAGUCAGGCCAAGGUCAUGCUGCCUUCUGGUGAUUCUGUCUCGGCAGACUUGAGUCUUAGUUACGUCACGACGGAGAACGAACGCUUGCUCAUG